AUGCAAUGCGGAACCGACGGCCGCCGGCGCAGCUGCAGCCGGCGGCAGACCCCGCGGCUGCGACAGCGGGCAGCUAUGCGCGGCCACGCAACGCAGCGCCACGCCACGCAGCCAGUCCGGCGCGCCUGCGCGUCGCCUUCUGGGAGGCAGCACGGCACGGAGCGCGGCCUUCUGGACGCUGACGAGGAAAUGCCGUCGCCGCCGCCGGAGCAGUGUGAUCGCUGGCCCGGCAAGAAGCGGGCAGCGCCAUUGUGCGCCAGCCCCCGCCGGGGGAACUCCCCAGAAAGUGGCGCACGGAUCUGCUUACCUACACACGUCGCUUCAGCACAAACUGUUCCCCGAAAUCAGGUCACGGCUUUAGCAGCUCCCUGGUCUGACGAUAGGCUCCAAAGACGAGGCGGCAGCAGAGGCGAGGGGAAGCCGCGCUUCCGCAAGCGGUCGCGGCGCGCCACGCCGCCACAGCAAGGGCAAGGACGCGUCGCCGUCCGCUGCGCGCUCUGCCCACCUCCAGCACACAAGCACCUAACAGCACGAACAUCUGACCGCCUGUUCCUAGAGAACAAGCGCUCCGUCAGCCGGCCGGUACGGUUCUCACUUCUGGGAACAACCACUGAUGAUCAACUGGAGGUGAAGUUCGGCAGAACUACAGGCAGCUUACUCCCACAACAGGAACUGGAUAUUUAUUCACAUUACCAUCACCGCUCUCGAGGGGGACCACAACUUUCCACUGGGCUGACCGGGCCGGUCGCACACCGCCUCGGGAACGGCUCUCCGCGCGGCAAGCGGCCGGGGCCACCGCCCUGCUGGAAGCGAGAGCAACCUCCGCUCUUUGGCGGCGCUCGCACGAGUCCGGCAGCGGUAGCGACUUGGCGCUCCGCGAGGAGUGAACGUCCUCCGGCGCCGGUGCAGCGGUCGGCCGCGGCGUGUGUGUGUACCCUGGCCAUCGCGGCCGCGACGCUGCAGACGCCGCCGCCGCCGCCGCCGCUGCCGCCGCCGGUGGUGGUGGAGGACGGGUCGCCGGCGACCAGCGGGGGCGGACGGCGGGCGCCUUGGCGCGGCACUGCCCUUCGGCCAAUGGCGUGGAGCGCCUCCCCACCCCGGAGGCGGCGGCGUUUAAAACGCGCGGGCCGCGCCGCGCUGCAACACAGUCCCCUCCGCGCGGCGGGACCACAAGGACGCAGGCGACGCGACGCAGCUGCACCAUCGACGGACGGGUCACCGGUCUGCUGCCUCUGCCCUCAAGUCGGAGCGGCGGGCCUCGCGUUGUAUCAGUCACUGCGCCGCAUCGCGUUUACGUGA